GUAGUAGAGGCGACAAGACAAAGCGGAGGCACACCACCUCCACGCACACGCCACUCUCUUCUUCCAGCGAUUUGCACGAGCAACUCGGGCGCAACACAACACAAGAACGCGACCGCGCAAGAGACAAUGGCCGGAACGGCGGCGCCGGCCGCGGGCUACGGCGCGGACGGCGUGUACCGCUCCCCGCGCCCGGCGGUGCGCAUCGACUCCAACCCGGGGCUCUCCCUCACCGACCUCCUCUUCCGCCGCGCCGACGCGUGCCCCUCCGCGCUCGCGCUGGCCGACGCCGCUUCCGGCCAAACCCUCACCUUCGCCGCCUUCCGCUCCGCAGUCCUCACCACGGCCGUCGCUCUCGCCUCGCGAGCGGGCGUCCGACCCGGCGACGUCGUCCUCCUCCUCGCCCCCAACUGCGUCCUCUACCCCGUCUGCUUCUUCGCCGUCACCGCCCUCGGUGCCGUCGCCACCACGGCCAACCCCCUCUAUACCCCAAGGGAGAUCGCCAAGCAGGCCACCGACGCCCGGGCCAAGCUCGCCAUCACGGUGUCCGAACUCCUUCCCAAAAUCGCGGAGCUCCGCCUCCCCGCCAUCCUGCUCGACGGCGACGCAGCCAGCGCCACCGCUUCCAGCGUCACGCUCUACUCCGACCUCAUUGCUGGGGCGCAGGAGAAGGAGUACCGCCGCCCGCCGAUAAAGCAGAGCGACACGGCCGCGCUGCUCUACUCGUCCGGCACGACGGGGGCGAGCAAGGGCGUCAUCCUGACGCACCGCAACUUCAUCUCGGCGGCGGCCAUGGUGACAGCAGAUCAAGACGAGCACGGAGAGGGCCCCAACGUGUUCCUCUGCUUCCUACCCAUGUUCCACAUCUUCGGCUUGUCCGUCAUCACGUUCGCGCAGAUGCAACGCGGCAACGCCAUCGUCGUGAUGUCGCGGUUCGACAUGGACUCUGUAAUGGCCGCCGUGGAGAGGUACCGUGUCACGUACCUCUUCUGCGUGCCUCCGGUCAUGAUCGCGCUCGCCAAGCUCGGGAGGGCAGGGAAGUACGACCUCAGCUCGCUCAAGUUCAUCGGCUCCGGCGCAGCGCCGCUCGGCAAGGACUUGAUGGAGGUCGUGGCCAGGAACUUUCCGGGCACCGUGAUUGCCCAGGGUUACGGAAUGACUGAAACUAGUGGGAUCAUAUCUUUAGAGUACCCAGAAAAUGGACAAGCUCGUCAAUUUGGGUCAACCGGAUCACUUGUCUCAGGAGUUGAAGCAAAGAUUGUAGAUAUAGAAACAUUGAAAUGUAUGCCACCGAAUCAACUGGGAGAAAUUUGUGUUCGAGGACCGAACAUAAUGCAAGGGUAUUUCAACAAUGUGCAAGCUACUGAAUUUACAAUCAAGGAAGGGUGGUUGCAUACUGGUGAUAUUGGGUACUUUGAUGAAGGAGGUCAGCUUUAUGUAGUUGAUAGACUCAAAGAGCUGAUUAAGUACAAAGGUUUCCAGAUUGCACCAGCUGAGCUUGAAGGACUACUUCUGUCUCAUCCGGAAAUUCUGGAUGCUGUUGUUAUUCCGUUUCCUGAUGCCAAAGCUGGGGAAGUUCCUAUUGCCUAUGUCGUGCGUUCCCCUGUUAGUUCAUUGACAGAAGUUGAUGUCCAGAAAUUUAUUGAGAAGCAGGUUGCAUACUACAAAAAAUUGAAGAGGGUUACCUUUGUGGACAGUGUACCGAAGUCUGCUUCAGGAAAGAUUUUGAGGAGAGAACUCAUAGCAAAAGUCAGAUCGUCGAAGCUAUAGCAAAUCCACUUCUAAUCUGUUUCAGAAGAUUGGUUGCCUUCUAGCUACUAGAUUGGAAAUUUGUGGAUUGAGCGGUAAGGUUUACAUGUUACUGAGUGGGGCUUAUGAAACAUAACAUUCAGUUUUAUACAUCAGACGCUGAUACAUUAUGUAUAUGUGGCACAUACAGAUAUAUUGUUCCAAGUUGGCCCCAAUCCUAAUCACCAUGUUGUUCUGUCAAAUACUGGGCCUUGCUACAAAGGCCUAAUUUCCAUUUCAAUACAGUAAUUGCAAACUA